AUGCAUCGCGUGCUAUUCCUGGUGACCGCAUGUGUUGUGAUGGGUGUCGAGGUCGACGGCUACCACAAGAGCGACGACUACCCCGAUUACCAGCUGGGCGUGAAGUACGACGAGUAUCCCAUGAUCGUGCCGAAAAAGAGGACCGCCCUUCUAGUGAACAGGCUAAUGGUAGCCCUCAAAGAAGCCAUGCAGGACGAGGAGCGACAGGAGGCCCUUAAGAAUAACGACAACUUGGACAGGCUGUCGCCGAGGUCCAACAAGAAUUAUGCGCUAUCACCAGACGAGAUACGAUCGAUGGACUUGCAACGGAGAGGCCACGGCAAUAUCGGCCAGCAGAAAGGCCGGAUAUACUGGCGGUGCUACUUUAACGCAGUCACAUGUUUCUAA